GCCGGCCCGGAGCCCAGCGGCGCGGCGCGGCGCGCGGGGACCGCCCGGCGCCCGCUGCCCAGCUCGAAGCUCCGGCCGGGCCCCGGCCCAGCACCACGGCCCCGGCGAGCGCGGCGGCCCCGCGAUGUCGGUGGCGGGGCUCAAGAAGCAGUUCCACAAAGCCAGCCAGCUGUUCAGUGAGAAGAUAACCGGCAUCGAAGGAACCAAACUGGACGAUGAUUUUCUUGACAUGGAAAGGAAAAUAGAUGUCACCAACAAAGCUGUCACAGAACUUAUUUCCAAAGCCACAGAAUAUCUCCAGCCAAAUCCAGCUUACAGGGCGAAGUUGGGCAUGCUUAGCACCGUGUCGAAGCUUCGGGGGCAGGUGAAGAACACCGGGUACCCACAGACCGAGGGCCUGCUGGGCGACUGCAUGCUCAAGUAUGGUCAUGAGCUGGGAGACGACUCCUCUUUUGGCAACGCCUUGAUAGAAGUUGGGGAAUCCCUGAAGAUGAUGGCUGAUGUGAAAGAUUCUCUGGAUAUCACCAUCAAGCAAACGUUUAUUGAUCCCCUUCAGCUGCUGCAGGACAAAGAUCUGAAAGAGAUUGGGCACCACCUUCGAAAACUGGAGGGCCGGCGCCUGGAUUACGAUUAUAAGAAGAAGCGAGCAGGUAAGAUUCCAGACGAAGAAAUCAGACAAGCUGUGGAAAAAUUUGAAGAGUCAAAGGAGCUGGCUGAAAGGAGCAUGUUCAAUUUUUUAGAAAAUGAUAUAGAACAAGUGAGCCAGCUGGCUGUGUUCAUUGAGGCGGCACUAGACUACCAUCGACAGACAUCCGAGGUGCUGCAGGAACUCCAGGACAAGCUGCAGCUUCGGAUACUGGCUGCCUCCAACAUUCCCCGCCGGGAGUAUAAACCUCGGCCCAUCAAGAGGACAUUGAGUGAACUCAGUGGGCUGCCCUCCUCGUCCUCCACCAAGACCACAGGUUCGAGCACUGCUCUGGACCAGCCCUGCUGUCGGGGCCUCUACGACUUUGAACCCGAGAACCAGGGUGAGCUGGGCUUCAAAGAAGGGGACGUGAUCGUGCUCACCAGCCAGAUCGAUGAGAACUGGUACGAGGGCAUCAACCGCGGGGAGUCCGGCUUCUUCCCCAUUAACUAUGUGCAAGUGAUUGUGCCUUUACCUCAGUAAACCAACCCGUGGCUCGGCGUCUGUCUGUCAUCCAUCCAUUUGUCCCUGGCUGCUGUGAGUCCUUGCGCUCCGUCCCCCCGCCCCCCCCUGCCCCAUGCUCUGCCUACCCGUGAUGUUUUGUACGUGCACUCUUUAUAAUGGAUUUUGUACUCACUGACUUUGUAUACUCGGCCUUCCUGCCGUGGCCACCUUAAAGUAGUCUCCUGUACUGUGCUGGUUGUUCGGCCCGUCCUCGGCAGAGCUCGGGAUACAGAGAGCCCGCAAGGCUGUGGUAGCACUGGGCCCUGUUGAUGGCCGUGGCUGUGUCCUUCCUCCAGCUUGUGAGCACCCAAUAAACAUGAGCACUGUGUUGGCAA